AUGAAAUCCCAGCGGAACGGAAGCCUCUCGGCCCCUAAUGUUGAGGAGCAUGAGCAUAGCACUGCCAUCUCCAGCAACGGGGUCUCGGCGAGAGAUGAGAAGCGGCCACAACCUGGGCCAAGCCGCGCAUCGGCACGAUAUGGCUCCCACGAUGUCCGCAAAAGCGCAUCGGCAAGCCUGAAGGAUGCGUCCAAGAGGCCAAUGCCCACACAGUAUGGUGAUGGGACGUAUCCAAAAGAGAUUAUUCGACCGACGAUGGUUCAGAAUCUUCGAGCCCUGCAGGCGGCCGAUGUCAAGACACUUGUUCAAAUCAUCAAAUCAAAGCUCAAGAGGGAAAAGAUCCAGGACGACAAGACGAUGAUCAUGGAGCGCACCAUCCAAAUUGUGGCAAAACUCCCGCACAACUCACGUCUCCGCGAGCAGUUGACCAACACCUUCAUUGAAGAGCUUUGGGACUCUCUUGACCACCCGCCCAUGCUCUACAUGGGCGACGAGUUCAAGUACCGGCGUGCCGACGGAUCCUACAAUAACCCAAUGUUCCCUCAGAUGGGAGCUGCCGGCGGGCCAUAUGCCAGAUCGGUCAAGCCUAGGAUCAUCACGUUGGGUGCCAUGCCCGAUCCUGGACUGGUAUUUGAUGCUGUCAUGGGCCGGACAGAUUACAAGAAGCAUCCAAACAAUGUUUCAAGCAUUUUGUGGUAUUGGGCCACCAUCAUCAUUCACGGCAAGUACCAUCUUCCCACGCCUGUUUUUCUGGUGGCCACGAAGCAACCUGACCUGUUUUGGACCGACUACAGAGACAGUAGCAAGUCUAAGACGUCGGCUUAUCUCGAUCUUUCCCCGUUGUACGGCAGCAACCAGGAGAUGCAAGACUCCAUCAGGACAUUCCGGGAUGGUAAGCUCAAGGCUGACAGCUUUGCCGACAAGCGGCUCAUCGGCAUGCCACCGGGAGUUUGUGUUAUCCUCAUCAUGUUCAACCGGUUCCACAACCACGUCGCGGAGCACCUGGCUGUCAUCAACGAGGGCAACCGGUUCGCGCCACCAGGCAAAGGUCUCGACGAAGAGAGUGCCGCCAAAGCCUGGAAGAAGUAUGACGAAGACCUGUUCCAGACGGCGCGGCUCGUGACUUCGGGCCUGUACAUCAACAUCACACUGGUGGACUACGUCCGGAACAUUGUCAACCUCAACCGCACCAACACGACAUGGACGCUCGACCCGCGCCAGGAGGCCGGUAUCAGCGCCGGCACUCCCGACGGAGCGGAAGCGGGUACGGGCAAUGUCAACUCGGCAGAGUUUAAUCUCUGCUACCGGUGGCAUUCGUGCAUCUCGGACAAGGACGACAAAUGGAUCCAGAAGUUCUACGGAAAGUUACUGGGCGGCGCCAAAGGCGAGCUGUCACCCCAGGAGCUGGCCUGCGUCUUUGGAAAGUUUGAGAAGUCGAUUCCCGACGACCCCGGGCAGCGUACGUUUGCCGACUACGAGCGGGGGGAGGACGGCAAGUUCGACGAUGACGACCUCGUCGACUGCAUCAGCUCGUCCAUCGAAGACUGCGCCGGCGCUUUUGGGGCGCGCAACGUCCCUCAGGUCAUGCGGCCCGUGGAGAUCAUGGGCAUCCUGCACGGCAGGAAAUGGAACGUCGCAGGCCUCAAUGAAUUUCGAAAACAUUUCAGUCUGAAGCCCUACGAGCGGUUCGAGGACAUCAACUCGGACCCGGCCGUGGCGGAGCAGCUAAAGAAUCUCUACCAACACCCGGACUAUGUCGAGCUCUACCCCGGGCUCGUCGCCGAAGAGGCGAAGACGCCGCUGACCCCCGGCGUCGGCAUCGCGCCCACGUACACCAUCUCACGCGUCGUCCUGUCCGACGCAGUAUGCCUCGUCCGGGGUGACAGAUACUACACGACGGACUACAACCCUCGGCACCUAACGCAAUGGGGUUAUAAGGAGGUUGACUAUGACCUCGACAUCAACCACGGCUGUGUCUUUUACAAACUGUUCCUGAGGGCCUUCCCCAACCACUUCAAGGGGAACUCGGUGUACGCACACUACCCGAUGGUCAUCCCGAGCGAGAACCACCAGAUCCUCACCGACCUGGGGCGUGUCGACCAGUUUGACUUCUCGCAGCCCAAGUUCACUCCUCUGCGGACCAACAUCGAAUCGUUCGGGGGCGCCAAGUACAUCCUGGAGAACCAGGACCGGUACAAGGUGACAUGGGACGAAGGGCUCACGUUCCUCAUGGGCGAGGGCGGCAGCCGCUUCAUGCUGUCCGGGGAUACCGACUUCCACGCGGGCCAGAGGAAGUGCAUGCAAUCGUUGCUCUACAGUGACGGCUGGGACUCCCACGUGAAGCACUUCUACGCAGAGAUCACGGCGCAGCUGCUCGCCGAGAAGUCGUACAAGCUCGCUGGGCAAACGCAUGUCGACAUUAUCCGUGACGUGGGCAACCUCGCCCACGUCCACUUCGCUUCGAGGGUGUUCAACCUGCCUCUCAAGACACACCAGAACCCCAAGGGCUUGAUCACGGAGCAGGAGAUGUACCAGAUGCUGGCGGCCAUCUUUGUGUGCGUCUUUUUCGACAUUGACCCGGCCAAGUCGUUCCCGCUCCGCCAGAAAGCGAAGGAGGCGGCGACGAUGCUCGGGAAGCUGAUUGAGACCAACGUGAAAAUCACGACAAAGGUUGGCUUCCGCGGGCUCUUCACCGGCUCAGCGGACAAGACGGACCCCCUCGCCUCGUACGGGACCAACCUGAUCAAGGGCCUUUCCAAGGCCGGGCUAAGCGCCUACGACAUUGCGUGGAGCCAGAUCUUGCCUACGGCCGGGGCCAUGGUGCCGAACCAAGCACAGGUGUUUGCCCAGGCGGUCGACUACUAUCUCUCGCCUCCCGGCGCCGCCCACCUCGAGCAGAUUCACGAGACCGCCUUGUCUCCGUCCACGAAGGAGAGCGAUGCUCUGCUUCUCGGAUACGCCAUGGAAGGUAUCCGACUUGCGGGCACCUUUGGUUCCUACCGCGAGGCGACGCAAGACGACGUUAUCGUCGAGGAUGACGGUCGCGAGGUCCCCGUGAGACGAGGCGAUAGGGUCUUUGUCAGUUUCGUCUCUGCCGCCAAGGAUCCCGAGAACUUCCCGCGGCCGGAGGAAGUCAACCCCCUCAGGCCCCUGGAUUCGUACAUCCACUACGGUCUCGGCCCGCACGCCUGCCUCGGCCGCGCUGCGAGCCAGGUGGCGCUCACCGAGAUGUUCAGGACGCUCUUCCGGAAGAAGAACCUUCGACGGGUUCCUGGACCACAGGGCAUCUUGAAGAAAGUGCCGCGGCCGGGUGGUUUCUUUGUGUACAUGAAGGAGGACUGGGGCCAGAUCUGGCCGUUCCCCGUGAGCAUGAAGGUGAUGUGGGAUGAAGAAUAG